AUGAAUCAUGAAGGGCACCAGGAACUCGACAGCACCAGCAACAAGGAGUCUCAGCUAGACCUUUUCAGUUUAAUCGGGGGUAGUUGGCCACCAGCACCUAGAGGACCAGAAAGACCAGAAUAUGGAACAGUACCCAGAACACCUAGAAGAAAUAUGCAGCGUACAUCACACAAUGAGAGAGUAAAAUCUGUUAAUCUCCUGAAUCAUAUAGCUUCAGAUAAACGAAAGAAACCUAUAAACAGCUCUCCGCUUAGUGAUAAAACUAACCAACCUAAAAUGGUUCAUGAAGCUAAGAAAAUUGAAACUGGGGUCUUAGUAGAUGUGUGCAGCAUUGAAACUCCUGAAGAAUUAUAUGAUACACCUUCACUCGGAUCACCUAAAGCCAUUGAUCACGUGAGACUUCAGGAGAAGCAGAAAACUAUACAAUUGCCUCUACAUUUGCAAGAAGAUAUUGGUGUUGGUUCACUGGUUGAAGUGGCAACGGAUGUAAACCAGCAUUAUUAUGGUGUUGUUAGGUGGAUUGGUGUUAUAGAUGAUACAGCAACGGCAGGCGUAGAACUGGAACAAAACGUAUGUGGUCUAACAGACGGCACGCGCAAUGGACAGCGUCUAUUCACUUGUGCUUCGGGCCGUGCCCUGUUUGUCCCGCUUGCGUUGUGCCGUCGUGAUGCACGCUUCAGAGACACUCCACCGCCAGAGCGGGCUCAUUUUCAAGACGAUGAUAAUUUUGACCAGCCCGACUGUCCAGUCGUACCAGGAGUAGUUCCACCACUAAAUUUAUUGGGAGAAUUAGCUGGCAAAAACCGGGGGAUUCAGGGACAUCAUAACUCUUGUUACCUCGACGCUACAUUGUUUGCGAUGUUCACAUUCACUAGUGUUUUUGACGCCCUGCUGUAUCGACCUCCGGAACCUGAGGAUUCCCCUCAUUAUGGAGAGGUUCAGCGCGUUCUCCGUGAGGAGAUAGUCAAUCCAUUACGUCGUCAUGGGUACGUACGCGCAGAUCGAGUUAUGAAACUGCGAACGUUACUUGAACGACUCUCUGAUGUACCUGGCCUUACGUCUGAAGAAAAGGACCCGGAGGAGUUUCUAAAUGGCCUUGUGGCACAACUAUUGCGGGCAGAACCCUUCUUAAAAUUAUCUUCUGGACAGGAGUCUUAUUGCUAUCAGCUAUUUGUUGAGAAAGACGAGCGUAUGACCUUGCCGAGCGUCCAACAGCUAUUGGAACAAUCAUUUGCCACAUCUGGUGUUAAGUUGAGCGAGGUUCCUGCUGCCUUGAUAAUACAAAUGCCAAGGUUUGGAAAGAAUUACAAGCUCUAUCAAAGAGUUUUACCAUCGCCCCUACUUGAUGUAACGGAUCUUAUUGAAGGACUACCACGUCAGUGUGCGGUUUGUGGCGUGUUGGCGCGCUGGGAGUGUACCGCGUGUGCGGGCGGCGGUACUCUUGAUACGGGAGCGGGUGCCCUUUGCACCACUUGUCUGCGGCUUGCGCAUGCAACUCGUCCGCAACAUAAGGCAACACCUUUAGUUAUAUGUGAAGAAUACCUUAACAUACUGGAAUCAUGUCCGGUCCCUCGCGUUUAUAUGGAAUUGUUUGCUGUAUUGUGCAUAGAGACAAGUCAUUAUGUCGCAUUCGUGAAAACUGGAGUCGCGCAUGAUGCUCCCUGGUGCUUUUUCGAUUCUAUGGCGGAUAGAAAAGGCGAACGAAACGGCUAUAACAUACCAGAAAUAGUGGAGAUCGAGGAACUAGCGGGAUGGCUAAGCGACGAAGGCGGUCGCGCAUUAAACGCAGCUGCACCCCUCGACCGGCAAUUACCCGCGCCCGCCAAGAGAUUGCUGGCGGACGCCUAUAUGUGCUUCUAUAGAAGCCCAGAUGUCGCAAUGUAUAGAUAA